UAGCCGACAGUUAGCAAACAUCUUCGCCUGUCAUUAAGACAAUGCUGCAUUUUUCUGUGAAAUCGUGAUAUAAAAUCGAAGUAUUUCUACAGAUCGUAUAUCUGACAGAAGGUACUUCAGGCCGGCUACCUUGAGAUAUUUCCCUCUGUUGUAAUGGAUGAGGAUUUUCUGCUCGCGGUUCAGCUACAGGAGCAGUUUGACACCGAAUUCGAGUCCUCGUUAUUUUCAUCCAACCGUUUUGAGGAUGACGGCUUCGGGCAAAGCAGCAAGAAACGAAAAGUGGAUGUAGCAGCUGAAAGUGGCAGUGUUGUUCCCUACUGGAAGCCGGCUGCUCAGCCCGAGAGGCCGCUGUCCAUCGUGGACGAGUCCUGGGAGAUGCUGGACCCCAGUCCCGAUGUCAGAGCCAUGUUUCUGGAGUUCAAUGACAUGUUCUUCUGGGGGAAACUCAGCGGUGUUGAGGUUAAGUGGAGCCCCAGAAUGACACUGUGUGCUGGUGUGUGUUCUUAUGAGGGCCGAGGUGGACUGUGCUCAAUCAGACUGAGUGAGCCUCUGCUGAAGCUGAGGCCUAGGAAAGACCUGGUUGAGACUCUCCUCCAUGAAAUGAUUCACGCCCUCCUGUUUGUGACCCAGAACAACAGAGACAGAGAUGGUCACGGACCCGAGUUCUGCAAACAUAUGAACCGGAUCAACAAGGCCAGUGGGACGAAUAUUUCUAUCUACCACAGCUUCCACGAUGAGGUUGAUGUGUACCGGCAGCACUGGUGGCGAUGCAACGGGCCCUGCCAGAACCGCAAGCCGUAUUUUGGCUACGUCAAGAGGGCCAUGAACCGGGCCCCGUCUUCUUUGGACCCGUGGUGGGGGGACCACCAGAGGACAUGUGGCGGGACGUACACCAAGAUCAAGGAGCCUGAAGGAUAUGGCAAAAAAGGCAAGAACGAUGGCAAAAAAGAUGGAAAAGCCCCAGGAAAAAGCAAACCUUCAAGUACAACUACAGGUUCUGGAUCACAGGAUAUUAGGAAUAUUAUCCCAUUUAGUGGCAAAGGCUUCGUACUGGGAGGGAAGUCACAGUCCUCCACGUCUUCCUCUCCAUCUCACAAACCACCAGUGCCUGUUGGGAAAAUUUCUUUGUCCAGCCCCACCUCCUCUCCCAAGAAACUCUUCACCCCUUCAUCCCCGGCUAAAACUCUCACCUCUCCUGUUCACUCUGGCCUGGAUAACACUGGGAUCUCCAGUGCCUUUCCCUCCGUCAGGCCAGCAGCGUCCACAGGGAUGAAGCCACCUGUGAAGCGGUCUGUGAGUAAUACGAGGGUUUUUGUCAACAUCAACGGUUCACCGGUUAGAAUCCCUAAACACCACAGUAGCAGCAGUAGCCAAGGAGCAGAGAAAAUAAAACAAAGGUCCAUUGAAGAUCUUUUCAACAGCACAGGCAUCAGGAAAUCAGUGGGCCAAUCCUCCUUUUCAAAUACAAACACUAAAACAGAUUCACUGACGUCACCAACAAGUAUCAUGAGUUCUACCUCUCCCUCUUCCUUCUUUCCUAAACAACACAGUUCUUCGUCUUCCAGCAAAUCUGUAGUUCCAAACAAAGGCAGCCCUGCUAAACAAACACCAAAUACCAAAUAUUUCAGUCAGUCCAACAGUGACAGUACAUCAGGAGCUGCUGGUGGGGGUCAGACUUCGAGGAAGAGGCCGUGGGACGACCGCAGCAGCUCAGCCAGCAUCUCUGACUUUUUCCAGAAAACGUUAGGCAGCGAUUCAGCAGCAUCGAGAGAGUCGAUAAAGACAAAAUCACCUGCAGUGCAGCAAAGAACUGCUACUUCCACUGCCACCACCACCUCCUCAUCUUCCUCCUCUACAUCAUCUCUUCAUUCCUCUGCAGGAUUGCACAGCGUUACCUCCUCCUCCUCCUCCUCCUCCUCCUCUACAUCGUCCUCCUCCUUUGCAUUGAUGGUCAGCUGUCCUGUGUGCCAAGCAAAAGUGCAGGAGUCAAAGAUCAAUGAGCAUCUUGAUUCCUGCCUCUCCUGAAUAGGGAGGACAGCGUAGAAGGGAUGCUGCAAUAAAACCAACUUCCAAAAAGGCAAGAGAAGUUUAAGGGAAUUUGCUGUAGAUUUUGGACAUUGAGUCAAUUUAAAUCCAUUUUUGAAAGAUUGAAAAGAUUCGUUAGCUCAUAAUUGUUCUAUCACGAGUGCCUGUCUGACAGCCCGUGCCUUAAUAUAGAAAGUUAUGAUAUACCUGUAAUGCAGUGAAGCAAUUGAUGAAAGGUCAUUGAAAAUUGAUCAGUAUAAUAUGCAACAGACCAGCUACGCAAUGAAUUCAGAAGCUGCUGGUUAUUUUUGUCUCCUCUGGGUGGAGGAGUCGACUGGUUCCUGUAGUUCGAUAAGUCCUCCACCUCAGAUCUGCUUCUGCUGCCCUCCAGACAGCAGGAGACACCGACUGACCUCUGCUGAUCCACAGGAAUCAGAUUUCACACUUGCUAGCUAUUUAUUUCUACUCAUCUUCACAUUCACACCCACCUCCAGGGUCAGGCAGUGCAGAGGAUCUCAUUGUUCCUUAGUAAUGUACUUCACCAGCCAGAUCUACGGUUAUCUACAGUUACAGUUAUCUACAGAACACGUUAGGAUGGUUUAAAUGCUUCUGUUUAAUUUUUCUACUAUUAUUUUAUGGUAAAUUUUAAGAUCAUAAAAUGCCAAUUUUGCUGUGAAAACAUUAGAACUCUAUAUGUGUAUGGUCUUAAAGAUGUUGGUGUUAAGAUGUUUUUAAGGAAAUUGUUAAAGGUGUUUAGGUUUUAUUGCCCAAUAAAACAUUUU